CAUACAUAAAUGGAUAAAUAGAGAGAAGAAGAAACACAGUGAUAAUCAAGGAAUAUAAUAAAAAAAAAAGGAUAAGAAUGAAGAACAAAAUAUGCAAAUAAGAAAAAUGAUAAACAUACUUGAAGGAAAAUAGGAAGAAAAGAAAACUGCAACAAGAACAGAAGAGAAAGAAGAAAAUUAAUUGAAGUAAUGACAUGAAGCUUAAUGGUGAUGAUGGUGAUGAACAGUGAUGAGGAACAGUGAUGAUGGUCAAUUAGUGAAGAACAAAGUGGCAAUAAUGGAGAAAGACAGUGUGAUGAACAAUAGUAGAUAACAGUUAUGGUGGCAGUAGCAAAGAACAGCAGUCGAGAACAGUGAUGAUGAACAGUAAUAGAGAACAAUAAUAACAUAGUGGUGGCGUAAAGUGAUAGUGGAGAACAAGAAGUGAUAGUGAACAGUAAAGAACAUAAGUGCAGAACAGUGAUGGAGAACAGUGAUAGGAAACAGGGGAAAAUCUGACAAACUGCUGAAAACUCAAUUAAAUAACAUAGUGGCCGUGAAGAGUGAUAGUGUGGAGCAGGAACGGAGAUAGUGAACAGCGGUGAGGGUUACAAGUGGAGCGCAGAGGUGGAAGCAAAAGGUGGUGGAGAACUGACAAACUACUGAAAACUCAAUUAAAUAACAUAGUGGUCUCGAAAAGUGAUAGUGUGGAGCAGGAACGAAGAUAGUGAACAGCGGUGAGGGUUACAAGUGGAGCGCAGAGGUGGAAGCAAGAGGUGGAGUCUCUAGCCAUGUGCACCUCCACCGGGAUGGACCGCCAGUACUGGGAGAACAAGUUUCGUCAGCUGUUCCUUGGCGGUGGUCUGGCUUCACAACAGCUGCUGGCGGGGAGAACCCGGGUGUCCUCGCGCCUGAUGGAGAAGUACGAGAAGCUAAGCAAGAUCGGCGAGGGGUCCUAUGGCGUAGUGUACAAGUGUCGCAACAGGGAGACCGGGAACCUGGUGGCCAUCAAGAAGUUCGUGGAGUCUGAGGAUGACCCGCUUAUCAAGAAAAUUGCCUUGAGGGAGAUACGCAUGCUCAAGCAACUCCACCACCCGAACCUGAUCAACCUAAUCGAGGUGUUCAGGAGGAAGAGGAAACUGCACCUGGUUUUCGAGUUUUGUGACCGGACUGUGCUUAAUGAAUUGGAGAGUAAUCCUAAAGGGUUACCGGAGGAGAAGGUGAAGAAGAUUACCUACCAGCUGGUGCAGGCCAUCGGCUACUGCCACAAGCACAACUGCAUCCACCGCGACGUGAAGCCUGAGAACAUUCUCCUCACCAAGAGUGGCGUGGUCAAGCUGUGUGACUUCGGCUUCGCGCGCAUGUUGAGUCCUGGAGACAACCUGACGGACUACGUGGCGACCAGGUGGUACCGCGCGCCGGAGCUCCUGGUGGGGGACACGCACUACGGCACCGCGGUGGAUGUGUGGGCCAUCGGCUGCGUGUUGGCGGAGCUGGUGAAGGGAGAAGCGCUAUGGCCCGGCAAGUCUGACGUGGACCAGCUCUACCUCAUCCGAAAGACGCUAGGCGACCUUCUACCAGACCACAUGAGGAUAUUCAAGGACAACGAGUUUUUCCGCGGCCUCAGCAUCCCGGAGCCUGAUGGCGUGGAGACACUCGACGCCAAGAUGCCCAAAACUUACCCGAGAGAAGGUGUUGACUUCCUUAAGAGAUGCAUCGACCGCGACCCGACUAAGAGAUGGACCUGCGACCAACUGACUGACCACGACUACUUCAAGGGCUUCUCCUUCAAGAUUCCUGAGGAGGACCAGCUGGAGCACGACAGACUAAAGAACCCCUCGGUGUCCGGUUCGAUGCUCCUGCCGCAGCUGGCCAGCACCCCGGUAGGCGGCGGCUCCAUGUCCACCUCCUCCUCGCCGGACAUCAGGCACCCCAUGCACCGAGGCACGCGCAACUUCGACCACCUGCCCACCAUCUGACAAAAUGGCGCAGGGCUUCAGCGGCCGCCAGCCUUACCCUCCACCCUGGUCCCGUCCCCGUCGCCGCCCCAGGACAACGCCGUCACCAAGCCUCUUAACGGGGCAGGUGCGCGCGCGGCCCCUAAGUCCAGCCCCCCAGGGAACAGACAGCCCCACUCCAUGCUGGACAAAGGCGACCUUUACGCCAUUCUGUACCGCAAAUACAACUCCUCCUAGCUGUCUCCUUGGUACCCGCACAGACCCACGCCCGCCUCACACACGGCACACGAAACUAUUAGUGGCAUUACGUAUUUCAUUAUUAUGUUCGUCACUACCUUUGUGAUUACUAUUUUUAUCUAGAAAAUUACUUAGAAGGCUGUUGUACGUACAUGGCAGCUAUAGGUUAGGUUAGAUAAGGUGACUGACUUACUUAAUAGUGAAAUGUGUGAUUAUACGUUAUGCUUUCAGUACAACAUGUUUGAUCUACCUAAAUCUGGAAAUCAGUAAUAAAUUUUAUGACGUUUAUAAUCAAAAUCAUUGCCAGUCUCUCAUCCACUAUUAAAAAAUACAUUUACAUCUACCCAACGAACUAACAAAUAGUGACUACGUGAGUUUAGAGAAUGUCUGUAGUAGUGAAUGACUUAACCUGACAAAAAAAGAAAAAAUGUUUCGUUCACCGCAGUGAGACGCGCGUGGCUCUGUGCACUUACCCUCCUGUAGUGUGUUAAGGCUGGAAGCUGCUGUUGACCCUCGCCACGCCACAAUGAUGGGUGUGUACUGUCCCGUCAGGAGAUGAGUAACCUUUCCCAUUCAUAGCCAGCGUGUUUUACCUUCCUCGCCAUUCUUAGGACCAUAUCAUGAAAGACUGCACCUCCUCUACUUUCAAAAGGAUUUAAUUGAAGUUACACGGUCUUUUCAGGGAGUUUUUCUUUUAUGGUUUUGGUGAAAGAUUAAUAAGUUUUCUACAUUAGCAACUGGAGAAACGUACUUGCGAAUCCGGCUCGUCAUCUAUAUUGCCUUGGAAAAUAGUCAUGGAGAGAGAGAGAGAGAGAGAGAGAGAGAGAAGCGUUUGUAAAUAUUGGCUUCACUCUUUCAUUUAGAACUCCACAGAUUGCCAGGUUUUGUAAGAGGCUUUUUUAAAGGGCACUGGCUAAGGACAACAGAAAGAUAUAUUGGCCCAAGGCCACUGAGGUGCUAGUCCCAAAACACCAAAAGUAUUAGCCGAAACUGGAAGGUUACUGUCUCGAAACCUCGCCAGACGAUCAGAAAACUUGUGAUUGAUGGAAAACGUGAAUGGAGAAGGUUACUCAAUUUCUGACAGACCACACGGAGCCCUCCCCUCCUCCCCCUCCCCUGCUGAGUGCCAUGACCUCUACACGGACCUCUUUGCCAAUUAAGACUGGAGUAGACGAGAGUACAGUCAUACCGGGCUGGAUUACCGAUUAGCGUGGAUCAGCUGUUUGGAUCGCCGAGUUGUGCAUCGCUGUGUUGUGUUAUAUCGACGGAAGAGAGUGUGGCUUGCUGUGAUAUGGGGGCGAGCCUGUGUCCCUCAUAGAUUAAGAGAAAUUAGAACCGUGGCUACCUAUCGUGUCGUAAUACUCGACUGUAAAAUGUUAGCACGUGUCUGAAAAUCUAAGAGUUGUUAGGUUAUUUGUGACUUACUGUAGCUGGAGCAAGGGAGGAAAGUGUUUGAAUCUUCCCAGAGCAGGAGUGAUGAGCUAUACGGUGUACAGUCACGGCCAGAAGACAGACCCAGAACAGGUGGUGUGGUGACGGUCAGGAAUUUGGCAGCGUCAGCCACACACUACCUCCGUGUUUUGUGUUUGUCUUUAAUGCUGAGUCUUUUCCUCUAUGACUCAAUUCCCACUCGCCUUACAAGAUUACUAACGGGCCAUAAACAAAUCAGUCCAAACUAAUAAAGAGAAACCAUGAUUGUUAGCAGGUGAAUGAAAUAAGAUAAAAAAUUCAAGACAAAGUGAAAGCGCAGAAAAUAAGGAUGAUAAACGAAAUAAUGAAUGUAAGCUGACGAGUAAUAUUAAGAUCAAAAGUUCAAAAUUAGAUGAAAGUCAGUACAAAAUUUUUAAAUGUUAAACGAAAUGCUGCUGAUGAUGAUUAUAAGCAGAUCAGUGGACUAAAAUCAACAUUUCAAAACAAAAUGGAGGUGAAUGAGAAGCAUUGUUCAUGGCCGUGACUGUACUGCCGUGUGGGAAGAUUACAGACACACCUGAGUAGCGUUCAUUGGCAGGUAAACCCGACGACGGGAGCGCAUCACUACAGAUGUAUCAGGACCUCCGCACCAGCGUCGUUACCUGGACUUGACUACACUACUUACCUGUACAAAUUAGUGUGACAUUAGGCGAUGGUUUGUGAGUUGUAGUACGUAACGCCUUUUUCGUCCGUUACGUCCUAAAUUUUUCAUGUUUUUUUUUUUUCGUUUUAGUUUCUUAGAAUGCGUUUUUCUCUCUCAAGGUGAUGAAAAGGUGUCAGAUCUUUUAAAGUCUGAUGUCUGUUAUAAAAUUUGAUGUUAUAGUCUAGAAUUCAGUUAGGUUCUUUUCCCCUCUCAGGAGAAUAAA